CACUCCCUCAAAAUUAAUGCUAAGAGACACGUCUGUAUAAGUCUUGUCUAUAUAAAGGAAUAUAACAGAAGCUUGAGAGCUAGUUCAGUGGAGCUCCCAUCUCUUCUUGUCUGGAACUAGCUCUAUGUGUUCACAUUGUUUCAUACUCUUCCUUACAUCAACCAAAUAAAAAGAAAAGAAAAGAAAAGAAAACUACUUAUUGUCAAGAUGAAGAAGAAACUGAUAAUGUUUUUGUUUGCUCUUCUGCAACUUCUGUUAGUAAACUCUCUUUCUCCAAAACAUCCAUCAGCCAAGCCAGAUGCAGAAAUAAAUGUGAUGGGUUUCGUUUACUGCGAUGUCUGCUCCAACAACAGCUUCUCCAAACACAGUUACUUCAUGUCCGGCGUUGAAGUGAGAAUAGACUGCAGUCUCAAAUCAGGUUCCUCGACAACAAACGAGAUGAUAACAUUCUCUGCGAACAGAACCACUAACGAGUUUGGACUCUACAAGGUAACCAUAACAUCUCUAGACAGCGUUGACUUGGACAGUCUCGCAACUUCUUGUCAAGCGAGUUUGGUGGGAAGAAGAGGCUCCUCGGAUUCUUCCUGCAACGUACCUGGUUACAGAAGCACCACGGAUCAAGUCGUGUUUAAGUCAAAACGGUCUAAUCUCUGUAUCUAUGGAUUCAAUGGGUUAAACUUCAGACCGUUCGAGAGGGACCUUGCCUUGUGUGGCAAGAAUUAGGGCUUUCAAACUACAAACUAUCUCAAAAGUUGUUUUUAUUUAAUCAAGAAAUGAAAAUGUGUUUGUGCUAAA